CGUUCGACCAACAUCAAGAUGGUGCAGAGCUACUCGAGACACGGCCCGACACAGGCGUUCGGUCUUGUCUGCAGCCCUGGCUCCAACUCCGUGUACGAUGGGAAGGUCGCCUACGUCCCUGCUCUGGAAGAUGUUCUAGUGUGGGACGUGAAAAAAGGCCAGAUGCUCGCAAUGUGGCACGAAACCGGUCACAGAGCAGAGGUCACUUACAUCACCCGUUCUCCACGAAAAGAUAUCUUUGCUGUCGGAUAUUCCGAUGGCUCCAUCAGACUGUGGAGCGCGUCCGCGCAUUCGGUCGUUGCCACGUUUAAUGGGCACAAAAAGGCUAUCACGGCACUCGCCUUCGACCAAGCUGGUGCUAGACUAGCUUCGGGGUCGCAAGACACAGAUGUCAUUCUUUGGGAUGUGAUAGGCGAAGCAGGCCUUUUUAGGCUACGCGGUCAUCGGGACCAAGUGACUACCAUUCGCUUUAUAUCAAACGUAAAAUCGACCAUGCCGUCCACUUCGAGAGUCAUCAACGCCGGUUUUAUUAUCACUUCUUCUAAAGAUACUUUUGUGAAGCUUUGGGAUCUAUCAACUCAGCACUGUAUCCAAACCAUUGUAGCCCAUCGCGCGGAAGUGUGGACGCUAGACACCAACCCGGAGCAGAAUCUCGUCUUUACUGGAAGCAGUGAAGGUGAGAUGAAGAUAUGGAGAAUCGAUCACGAAGCGCUGCAAGGGGGCUUUAAAGAAACGUCGUCAGGAGAAGUUCUGAGGGCCAUCCAUGCAGUCACAACCAUACCUCUUGCGUCGCAACAUCGUGUCACCCAGAUCCUUUUCCACCCCAUCCUUCCUUAUCUUGCUGUCCAAUCUCACGAGCGUUCUGUCGAGAUCUUUCGUAUCCGUACAGAGGAUGAGGUACGCAAGAAGCAAGCACGACGAAGGAAGCGAGCAAAGGAGAAGACAAGAGAGAAGGGAAAGCAACCUGAUGCCCAAGGUGAAAUAGUUGCCGACGAGACUAUAGAAAUGGCGGAUUUGUUCACCCCCUACUUGGUCGUGAGAGCUAGCGGCAAAAUCAGGUCGUUUGCUUUCGAGAACGAAAGUGCGACCGCUAAAGGAGGCAUUCAGUUAUUCUUGUCAUUAUCAAACAAUGCGCUUGAGGUUCACAACAUCCCUCAACCCGUAAAGUCCAAAGAGGGUCCUCCAGAAGCUGCCAGAUUGUUUUCCCUUGAUGUUCCAGGUCACAGGACAGAUAUCCGCACGCUGUCACUGAGCUCAGAUGAUGCGCUACUAGCAUCAGCGUCGAAUGGCUCUCUGAAGAUUUGGAACAUGAAAACUACUUCUUGUAUUCGGACAUUGGAAUGCGGCCAUGCCAUCUGCAGCACAUUCCUCCCUGUCGGUACCAAGGUCGGGGAGAUUCUGAUAUAUGACUUGUCUUCGUCGUCUCUCAUUGAGACAAUCAAAGCACAUUCCAGCACCGUUUGGUCGAUGCACGUCAGAUUCGAUGAGCAGGCUCUCGUGACUGGAAGUGCGGAUAAGGAUAUCAAGUUUUGGGACUUUGAAUGGCGAGAUGCCGAUGGAACCAAGUCGCAUACCGGACGGAAUAUUUCUCUCGUGCAUACGCGCACAUUGAAAAUGACUGAUGAUGUGCUUUCUGUCCGGUACACCCCCAAUGGAAAGCUUUUGGCUGUUGCUUUGCUAGACUCGACCGUAAAAGUAUUCCAUCAAGAUUCACUUAAAUUUUUUCUCUCAUUGUAUGGACACAAGGCCAUGCUGUCCAUGGACAUCUCUAGUGAUUCCAAACUCAUCGUGACAUGUUCCGCGGACAAGAAUGUCAAGAUUUGGGGCCUCGAUUUCGGUGACUGUCACAAAUCGAUAUUCGCCCACGAAGAAAGCGUGAUGCAGGUGCUCUUCGAAAAAAAAAGCCACUACUUUUGGUCUGUCGGCAAGGAUAGUAUGGUCAAAUACUGGGAUGGGGACAAGUUCGAGAACAUACAGAAACUCGAGGGUCACCAUGGAGAAGUGUGGGCACUGGCUGUGAGCAACUUCGGUAAUUUUGUUGUGACAGGCUCGCACGACAAGUCCAUACGAGUGUGGGAGAAACUCGACGAUCCCCUCUUCUUGGAAGAGGAGCGCGAGCGCGAACUUGAACAAAUCUAUGAGAGUGGUAUCGCGGACACGAUGAAUCGCGAAGAUCAUCCGAUAGGCAGUGGUGACCCUGAUAGCGGGGGACAAGCCCACGCUCAAAAUGAGGCGACGGGCGUUUCAAAACAGACGACAGAAACGCUCAUGGCAGGCGAACGCAUCAGCGAAGCCCUUGAUCUAGCCGAUGCCGAACGCGUUGUCAUUGCUGAGUACGAGAAGGCGAAAGAAGGAUUGUCGGAGGAAGAUCAGAUGAAGGUGCAGCCUCCGCAGAGAAAUUCUCUUUUGGCGGCGUAUGAGCUAGAGCCGGAAGCUUGGGUACUGAAGGUUGUAUCUGGGACACAAAACACAGCCUUGCAAGAUGCCUUAUUGGUGUUGCCAUUCGGGAAAGUUAUGUCGCUCAUGGUCUAUCUAGACAUCUGGGCACGAAGGGAAUGGAAUAUUCCACUCGUGUCCAGAAUCAUGUUUUUCCUUCUGAAGACUCAUCACCAUCAAAUCGUCGCCACUCGAAGCAUGCGCACGACACUCAUUCCCCUCCGGAGGCACCUGCGUGCAGCUCUACUUCAUCAAAAACAGAGCAUAGGGUACAAUCUCGCUGCUUUGCAGUACAUCAAGCGCCAAAGUGAUGCCCAGCGAACGGCUCAGUUCUUUGAGGGGGACUUAAUGGAUGAGGAGAAAGUCAGGGCUAGAAUCGAAGAUGGUAAGAAGAGAAAAAGGGUAAACAUCUGAUUCAUCAUCUACAUAGUGAUACAGGCGUUCUACAAAUCAAAUCGUCACAUUCAGCUGCUCCAGGCAGAACCACC